CUUUUGCACCAAUCAGGGCGGCUGUUGCUUGCCCUCCCGCCGUGCCCCGCGGCGGGGCAACAUGGCGGCGCCCGUCGCCAUGGCGGCGGCGCGGGGUUUAUGCGGGGCCUUGAGGGCGGCGGCGGGGUCCCUACAGAUGGGCGCAGCCCGGCGGAGCCAUCUCCUGGGCCGCGGCUCCCCGAGCGCCGCCGCCCUCCCCGCCCGCGGGAGCAGCUCCGCUUUAGGCCACAUCCUGGGCAUCUCCGCGGAGAAGCCGGCCGCUGCCCUGGGCCAGCACCCGCCGCCCGUGGCUACCAGCAAAGAGGAGCAAGACCACCUGUUACAGCACCAACCUGACCAGCCCAAGAACCCCAAGGUUUUAAAAGUCGCUAUCAUUGGUGCGCCGAAUGCUGGGAAGUCCACGCUCUCUAAUCAGCUCCUGGGCAGAAAGGUUUUCCCGGUCUCUAAGAAAGUGCACACGACCCGAUGCAAAGCCCGGGGUGUCGUCACGUAUGAAGACACGCAGCUGAUCAUUCUGGACACACCUGGUCUCACGAGUCCCUUGAAAGCCAAAAGACAUAAGCUCGAUGAAUCCAUGCUGAAGGACCCAUGGGAGAGCAUGCAACAUGCAGAUAUAGUUCUGGUUUUGGUGGAUGUAUCGGAUCACUGGACACGAAACUGUCUGAGCCAAGAGGUGCUGAAAUGUCUUUUUCAGUUUCCCCAGAUUCCCAGUGUCCUGGUUCUGAACAAGGUGGAUCUGGUAAAGAAGAAGUUCAUCCUGCUGGAACUAAUAACUGAGCUAACAGAGGGAGUCGUAAAUGGAAAGAAACUGAAAGUGGAAUCUGAUUUUAAACAUAAUUCCGAUUCUUCAGCAAAAACUCCUCCUCAAAUUGCUCAAGCUUCUCCACCAGAGAAUAGGGCCCAUGAGUCUCACUGUUUGCAGGAAACAGAUAAAGUCCAAGAAGGCUGUAGCUUGCAUAGCAGCAGUGAUACGGGGUCCAGUUUUGUCACAGAGGAAGUGCAAGGCCCAAAGCCUGGUGGAUGUAGAGAUCUCAAAAAUAUGAAAGGCUGGCCAUGCUUCCAGGAGAUCUUCAUGCUGGCAGCUCUCAGUGGAGAGGAGGUGGAUACACUAAAGCGGUACCUUCUGAUGCAAGCCAAGCCAGGCCCUUGGGAGUUUCACAGUGGAGUUCUGACCAACCAGUCACCUCAAGAGAUCUGUGACAACGUCAUCAGGGGGAAGAUACUGGAGUACCUGCCACUGGAAGUGCCCUAUAGUGUGCAUCAGGUGACAGAGGUGUGGGAGGAGGGACCAAGCGGAGAGCUCCUCAUUGUGCAGAACCUCGUGGUCCCAAGGAGGUCUCAUAUGAAAAUGUUGAUUGGAAGAAGAGGUACGGUAAUCAGCAGGAUUGCUCAGGAGGCUGGCCAGGACCUGAUGAACGUUUUCCUGUGUGAUAUCCGCUUGAAGCUGAGGGUGGAGGUGAAGAGUUGAGCUCUUUGCAUAGGUUUCGACAGCCCUCAAGCUCUCUGGUCACGCAGAGAAACCAGUGCUCUUUUCCCUGUGGGUAUUUUAGCACCUUUGUUCAAUCCAGAAACAGAGGAUGGUGGAAUCAACAUAAUGGGCUGAAAUAGAAUAUAUUGUUCUUUUGAGAGAAUGGCACAAGCUGAAAUAAAACUUUCAGACCUUCUACAGCACCUUAUCUUAUGGAAGCUGGGGACAGGCAUCAGAGAGCCAGCUUUACAUGUGGUUCUAGUGCUGCAUUUAUAGACCUGUCAUCCACUUCUUUUGGGCUAUGACCCACAUCCUUAGUGUCAAGUGUUUGUGGCUGGAUGUUCAGAAGGACCUGACCAACUGUGGAAUGAAGAUAGGAGGGAGGCAAGAGUGGGGGAAACCUGACUAAGGCCUGGGUCUCCUCCAGAAGUGCGGACUUGGAGAUACUCAGUGCUGCUGGGACGUGCAGUUCUGUGCCCCAUGCAUCGUACACCGCUGCCUAAUGUUUUCAGUGCUAUUAAUGUCUGUUAUGGAAUUGCAGCUGUGCGUUGUCUUUUAGGCAAAAGCUUUAAAUGCUGCCGUUGGAGAGAACAGCAGAGUCAGGUUUGAGCAGAUGGAGUAGUCCCCGUGCAGUAAACGCUGUGCAGUGCUUUGAAGUCCUCUGGCCCAAAAAGGGAUGGGUGAAUAUUACGAUCAUUUAAACUUGGGGGGGAAGAGAGAGAGAGCAAAGGUUGGCAUCUCCUGUCUUUAGUGAACAAAGGGUUACAGUGAGGGCACAUUUAUCUCUUCUGAAGGCUGGGGAAUUCCACCAGUGGGGAUGGAAACGGAAGAGGCUACCCCAGCCCAUGUGAUGUUCUCUUCUGCUUUGCUCUCUGUCGCGCAGUCUGUGGAGUUCAUGAGAGUAUGACAGUGCAGGAAGUCAGUAUUACCCGGGUUUGCUUGAGUGGAGGAGUUUUGGCUAGCUGAAACACUCUGUAAUAACUGGGUGUGACAGAGGGAGCUCUUAAACUCAGUAUGUGAUGCUAAGCCAGUGGUUUCCAACUCUUGUGUUGGAGCCCUUCCCACGGGUGUGCACGCACCAUCUUCUUAAAUGGCUGCCAGCUGCUUCUUUCAUUUUGAUCUCUUCUGUGUUGCAGUUUGUAAGAAUUUUUGUUCUUCCUUUUUCCCCAUCAUCCUUUCCUCCAAUUUCCCAAGCCACUCACCACUUCUGGCAUGUGGCACUCACCGCAGAGGGGUGGGUUUGGUGACGUACUCUUUUUGACUCAGUGGAGUGUUGGAGAAGCAGAGAUACGGAGCUUGGAAUCAUGAUCUGUUCUUGGUGUAUAUGUGAGCUGCUUCCCUGGCCCCUUGUGAGAGCAGCCAGGAGGUCAGAGAAUGGCUCGCUGGACUUGCAAGCAGUAACUGGAGUAUAUUUAUCAGAAAGGGAGAUGGAGCAGGGAAUAAGUGUCUUUCUGCCCCAGGCACCUUGUUUUCAAUGCCCACUGGGGGUCCUGUCUGUACACAGGUCUGGAUGUUUGGCUACUGAAUGAAUAUUCAGGUCUGAAGAUGUCUAUAGCAGGGUCUCCAGAUGCUCGCUUCUUCAGAGUGGCAUGUUAGUCUUGCAGAAAUUGGUCAAAACCUUUUCUCAGCAACAGUUACAUUUGAAUAAUUUUUCACACCACUGUCACUACAAAGUCAUUACUGUUUGUACCAGGGUUGCAGAUACAAACAGAGAGGCUGUCACGCUUACAGAGCCUGAAGUUGGAGUAGCAGUGGGUGCUGCAGCUCGAGGUUAUUCGGGUGUUGGGGAUGGAUAGGGAAUGGCACAGGUCAGGGCUUGAAUGAGGCCUGGAGGCUGAAAAGACCGGGCCAUAAGGAGGUCUGUGACGCUGUGCGCUGUGACGCGGGAGCUGUUGGCACGGGGUGCUGUGGCGCUGAGUGACGGAGGCGAGGCAGAUAUGCCUCCUGCCACGCGUGGUGCCUGGCCCCUGCCCCUCCGUGCCCUCUGUACGUGGUCCUGGCACGUGGGGGCUUGAGUUGGGUGUCUGCACACUGCGGUGCUUCGGCCCACUUGUGCAGCGGGAGAGCCGUAUAGCUUCCUGCCAGAAAUCCAGGUGAAUCCCCACGUGCUGUUAUAAAUAAGCAUCCUCGAGUGAGGCGGCCUUGGGCUGCUGCCCAGACAGUUAAAUAAAGACAUCUGGUAGGGUCUUCUGGGGACUCUCUGCUCCUGCCUGGAACCCAAACCUUCUUAGGAAAUACUGUGCCCACACUGUGCCUCUCCGGUGCGAAGGCAGGAGAUGCUCUACCAGCACUGGCAAAAGGCUUUGAGCCGUUAAAAAGAUACUACCACCAAGAACACAAGAUCCUCUGAAAGCUACGCUAGGAAGCCUUCAGAGAGGUACACGAUAGCCCGGCUUGUUUUCUCCAAGCAGGGGACGCUGUGGUUCCUGGAAUGUUUCUAUCUGACUUUUGUGUUUUGCUCGCAAUAAAAUGAGGUCCCAGCAUAA